UAGAGUGCGGAGGGGAGAAACGCACCGAGGGAGCCGGGAGCCGGAGAGGAGAGAGCUGGAGCUCGGCUCCCACCCAGUCCCGGGGGAGUCCGCAGCUCCCCCGUUCCCGGCUCCCGCCCAGCCCCUGGGAGGGGCGGGAGCCCCCACGUCUCUGGCCCCAGCUGCUCCUCAUGGAAUCUAGCUUUGCCCGGGGUGGAGGAGAGAUGCCCACCGUGAGCCGGGAGCCCCGCUGCCCUGCCGGCGGCUUACGGAUGCCCUGAGCGUCCCGGCUCCAGCGCCCUGAGCCCACACUCCGGCUGCACCGCUGUCGCCGUCGCCCCCGGCCAGACGAGACCCCAGGGUUGCCGGGGGCUUGCUGGAGAGCUGCCAGCCUGAAGGCGAGCUUGGUGGCCCGGACGCGCCGCAGCGCUGGACUGACUGAGUCGGGCAGGAAAGGGGGUGUUCUGCCCGCAUCACCUCCCGGGGGCCCCCGAAGCCAGACACCAUGGACGCCGUAUUAGAACCCUUCCCAGCAGACAGGCUUUUCCCAGGCUCCAGCUUUCUGGACCUGGGCGAUCUGAACGAGGCGGAUUUCCUGAGCAAUGCGCACUUCCCGGAGCACCUGGAGCACUUCUCAGAAAACAUGGAGGACUUCUCCAAUGACCUCUUCAGCAGCUUCUUCGAUGACCCCAUCCUGGCUGAGAAGAACCCUCUGUUGGACAUGGAGCUGGACCCACCCACUCCGGGCAUCCAGGCGGAGCACAGUUACUCCCUGAGUGGUGACUCAGCCCCUCAGAGUCCCCUCAUCCCAGUCAAGACGGAGGACAGCCCAAGAGAGCUGGAGCCCGGAGCAUGGGCCCUGGGGCAUAAGCUAUGUGCCAUCAUGGUGAAGCAGGAGCAGAACCUGGGGCCCGAGCUGCCUAGAGACCAGCUGGCAGCCCCCUCACCGGUUGUGCUCCCAGGCCCCAUCAGCACCACCUCUGCCGACAUGCCGAUGUUUAACCUCAGCCCACUCUCCCGGCUGCCCGCCCCCCACGAGGCCCCAGGAGAGAUGACACAGACACCUGUGAUCAAGGCUGAGCCCAGGGAGGUGAAUCAUUUCCUUGAGGUGCCUACAGAUGACUUGGUACAGAUGCCACCGACACCACCGAGCAGCCACGGCAGUGACAGCGACGGUUCCCAGAGCCCCCGAUCUCUGCCGCCGUCCAGCCCAGCCCGGCCCACAGCACGUUCAUCCGCGGCCAUCUCUUCCUCUCCCCUCCUCACUGCCCCACAUAAGCUCCAGGGAACGUCCGGGCCACUGCUGCUGACAGAGGAAGAGAAACGUACUUUGAUUGCAGAGGGCUACCCCAUCCCCACCAAACUCCCCCUCACCAAAGCUGAGGAGAAGGCCUUAAAGCGGGUCAGGAGGAAAAUCAAGAAUAAGAUAUCUGCCCAGGAGAGUCGCCGGAAGAAGAAGGAAUAUGUGGAGUGUCUAGAGAAGAAAGUUGAGACAUUCACAUCAGAGAAUAAUGAGCUAUGGAAGAAGGUGGAAACCCUGGAGAAUGCCAACAGAACUCUUCUCCAGCAGCUACAGAAGCUCCAGGCCCUGGUGACGGGCAAGCUCUCCAGACCUUACAAGAUGGCUGCCACCCAGACUGGCACCUGCAUCAUGGUGGUGGUGUUAUGUUUCGUCCUGGUGCUGGGCUCCAUCAUGCCGUGCCUUCCCGAGUUCUCCUUCAUGUCCCAGACAGUGAAGGAGGCUCCCCUCCCAGCUGCCAGCGUCUACACAGCCAGCCAGAUGCCAUCCCGAAGUCUCCUGUUCUAUGAUGAGGGGGCCAGUUCGCUGGAGGAUGGCUACAGCUCCCUGCUGCCUGUGGAACCCCCAGAGGGCUGGGAGACCAAGCCAGGUACCCCUGAGGAGCAGCAGCCCCAAGAUCAUCUCUCCCAUGGCCACCUGGCCACCUCCCACGAGGCCACCAAGUACCUGAGCAAGUCCCAGCUAGAGGCCCCAGAUGGGAACGACACCCGCCCCGACUCCAUCCACCCCAAGGAGCGGUUCCAUGAGAGAGAGACGCAUCCAAACGGCACCACAACGUACUUGUAGCACCCACAAGAGCCCAGGAUACAGCCUGGACCCCAAGCCACUCAGAAGAAGGGGGACCUUACUCAACACUCCCAAUCUGAUCCGCAUCCCUGCCCACAACCAGCCCCUCCUUCUCUUCCCUGGUGGAUCCUGUCCAUCCCAGGCAGGAGAUUCUGGGAGGAUGGCACUGAGGGCAGGCAGGGGAGAGGGAGAAGAGGAAGUAGAAGGGGAGCCUUCGUCUUCUCCCUCUUCCCAUCCUGGCCUUGAAACACGUCACUUCUCCCAGGGCUCCUGUGGCCUCUCCUCGGUGGGGUCCAUUCUCGCCCAUCACCACUACAACUGAAUUGUCCACUCGUGAGGAGCUCUCAAUUUCCUCUCCUCCCUCCAUCCCUGGUUCAGCCUUGAUGCUCCCUCCCUCCUAGCCCCAGGGACCCUGUCCUUCGGGCCAGAGGGGACAGGCAUAAACCCUCCCUCUGGGGCUGGAUUAUACAUAAGCAUCGUCAUCACAUUCCCCAGCCCCCUCCCUCUCCCUUCUCAUCCCUCAUCCUUCAUCUCAGCCCUCUAGGUGGAAGGAAGUUGGAAAGUGUCCAUCCCUUCCCUCUCUUAGGCCACUUUCUCUCCCAGGGUAGCACCCCAAAUCCACCAGGGGAGGGGGAGGGGAAGCCUGCCUAGAGAGUUCUGGCCUUGGAGAUGGAAUGGGACGAGAGAGGUCCCUGCCCCCCCCCCCCCCCGGCCGCCUCCUGGAGGACUCUUGGGCAAAGCUGUUCCCUCAGAUAAGGGAGGAACUUUUCCUAGGACUUCUCCAGGUACUGAUGCCCUUCUCCCCCCCCCCAUUUCUUUCUUUAUCAUCCCUCCCAGAGAUACCACUGGGCUGUCCCUCCCCACCCCCCUUGGCCUAACAAACCACUGUGCCAUCAGUCCUCCCAAUCCCAGGACAAGGGUCGGGCCAGGCCCCGCUGCCCCCCACUACUGUACAGAGACCAAGAGCAGAAAUUGUUUGUAAAUAAUGAACCUUAUUUUUUAUUACUGCCAAUUCCCUAAGAUAUUGUAUUUUAGAAGCCACUCCCCCCCAUGCCCCAUUUCCUCCCCACCCCUUUUUUCCGUUUUGUAUUUUAUGAAGUUAGUGCGGGCUUAGCUACUCCUCCCUCCCUGGAGGCUGGGGGGAGGGGGACUCACUCCCCUCUCCCCCCUCCCCUGGCCUCCCCACGCUGCCCAACUGCUGGGCUUUUUUAAUGGCCUCCCUCCCCACUCCAUCAGCUGAGCGCACGCUUUAGAGAAGCAAAAUUAAAACCAAAAAAAAGAUUCAGCAUCAA